CUGACAAACAGCCGCUAUCAGCCGCUGCAGGUCAGAGGUCACAGAGGCUGGAGCCACCGAGCUCGACCAAUCACUGAGGGCCGCUCACGCGCGCCUCAUGCAACGCGAUAGAGGUCACUGCCGCUUUGGUCCACCAGAGGGAAGUGUCUCCACACGCUCGGGAGGGGCGACGAGCAGGGGCCACUGCGAGGGGCUCCUGAGAGAGUGAGGGGCUCCUGAGUGAGUGAGUGAGAGGCUCCUCCCUUGUGAGGCGGCUCCUCCUCCGGAGCUCCGCGGGUCUGCAGCGGCUCCUCCAAUCACACUGCCCGGGCAGAGUGUGGAAGGAGGCAGGACUAACUUCCGCACAGUCCACCGCGCCGGCGGAGUCGCUUCGUGGACGGUCGCACGUCCCCGUGGAUCAGCCGUUCGAGCGGACACGGCGUGCGUGUGUCUGUGUGUGUGUGCGCGCGCGCGCGGGCGCUGCGAUGGCGGGACGGAGCUCCGCGCGCACGGACGCUCUCUGACCGGAGACCCGCGCGGGGCAACAACAUGCCCGCCAGGACCAAGUACAACCUGGUGGACGACGGGCGGGACCUGCGGAUCCCGCUGCACAACGAGGAAGCUUUCCAGCACGGAAUCAACUUCGAGGCGAAGUACAUCGGCAGCCUGGACGUGACGAGGCCGAGCAGCCGAGUGGAGAUCGUGGCGGCGAUGAGGCGGAUCCGGUACGAGUUCAAGGUGAAGAACAUCAAGAAGAAGAAGGUCAACAUGGUGGUGUCGGUGGACGGCGUGCGAGUCGCUCUGAGGAGGAAGAAGAAGAAGAAGAAGGAGGGAUGGACGUGGGACGAGAGCAAGAUGGUGGUGAUGCAGGAUCCCAUCUACAGGAUCUUCUACGUGUCUCACGACUCGCAGGACCUGAAGAUCUUCAGCUACAUCGCUCGUGACGGCCAGAGCAACAUGUUCCGCUGCAACGUCUUCAAGUCCAAGAAGAAGAGCCAGGCCAUGAGGAUCGUGCGCACCGUGGGCCAGGCCUUCGAGGUGUGUCACCGGCUGAGUCUGCAGGAGGCGCCGCCGAGCCAGGAGGCGCAGCGGAGCGCGCUCGCAGGAGUUCCGGCGUCAGAGGAGACGGACAUCGACGCGGACGGGUCCAACCCGCCGUCGGCGUCUGAGGAGCAGAAGCAGAACCGUGGAGUGACCGACCUGGAUGCAGAGGUGGACCACUACUGCCAGCCCGCGGACUCGCUGCUGGCCUCCGGUCCUCGGCUGCUGCUGCCGCCGGCGUUGGGCGGCGCCCCCACCACCCCUCCCCCGCUGUCCACCCACCACCAGAUCCAGCUGCUCCAGCAGCAGCUGCAGCAGCAGCAGACGCAGACGCAGGUGGCCGUGGCUCAGGUCCACCUGCUGCAGGAGCAGCUGAGCGCCGAGGCCACCGCCCGCCUGGAGUCUCAGGCCCGGCUCCACCAGCUGCUGCUGCAGAACAAGGAGCUGCUGCAGCACAUCUCCCUGCUGGUGCAGCAGCUCCAGGAGCUGGAGACCAAGAGGGGCAGCUGCGGGGACUGGCAGGACAGCCUGCUGGAGAUCACCUUCCGCUCCACGGUGCCCGCCGUCACCUGCCAGGCCACCACGCCCCGACCCCAGCCUCCGCUGGACCCCGCCGUCUUCUCCCCGUCCAACGGCAGCCUGGGAAGUCCGCUAGUGGACCACAGCAUGUUCCACAACUCGGGCGCUCAGCGCCAGAGUCCGCUCUCCUCCAGGGCCGGCGGCCAGCAGAGGCUGAAGAGCGCCCUCAACCUGGGGAGGGCUGUGGGGGCAAAGGUCAACGACCUGCUGAGACGGAGAGAGUCCAGUCACCACGGCGACGUCGGGGUCACUGAGGUCAACAAGAACGUGGAUGCUCCGUGGAGCUCCGGCAGCGCCCACGUCAUCCCGCGGCUGGAGCCGCCGCCGCCGUCGUCCGGGAGGAAGCGCGUCCCCCGGCCGCUGAAGACCACGCAGGACAUGAUGAUCUCCUCCGACCCGGUGGUCUCCUCGCCCGACCCCUCGCUGCCUCCCUCCCCCCGCCAGGACGCCCACGCCACGUCCUGUCUGGAGGGGGAGGAGCCAGCCCAGGCGCAGGACGGCCCCCUGCAGCGCAGCGUGCCCGACCUCAUCCACAAGGACCCGCCCCCGGAGGUCUGGCAGCAGGCAGAGGGGGAGGAGCCGCCGCUGGAGAGCAGGGGAGAGGAGGCGGAGCCACACCCCGACCUGCUCGCCUUUGAGUGACGGGCCGCUCCGAAACCCAUUCCGACUUUUUUUAACCUUUUUAUCUGCUGAUGCAUGAACACAUGGACAGACAGUGAGUGAAGGCGCAGAAGGCUGAGUAGGUGGAUGAAAGGAUGAGCGGCUGAAGGUGAUGAGAUGAUGAUCACGGAGGAGGAACCUGCUGGUGGAGGAGUGAGAGUCGGAGCUUCCUGGGAUCCUGUCUCGGGCACAGGUCAGCUCCAGGUGCCGGAACCCUCUGGGUCGGAACCCGGAGCAACAAGUCUGCAGCGGGUCCUUCUCUGGUCCAGAGCGGAGCCGGAGCCAGGCUCCCGAGCGCCUGGCUCCCGAGCGCCUGGCUCCUGAGCGCCAGGCUCCCGAGCGCGGUUUGUCUUUGCCAGGUGGAGAAAGGUGGUGUCAUGAAGGAGGAAGUGACCGGGUGAUGAAGGAGUGAGAGUGAACUUUCUCUUCAAAUCAUGUCAAAUCAUCACUUUCUGUUUUGAUACUCCUGUCGUCACGGAAACGUCAGAAAUAAAUGUUUGCAUUCGCUGUCGGCUCUUCGAUGCGCGGGCGGAUGGAUGCAGGA